AUGGCGACGCUUGUUCUGGCGCAGGAACCGAUACCAGUCCAGUUCCAGACUGCUCCGGUCCUGAGCCAAACUGGCAGUGAAGCCGUGUUCACGGUGCUGACCGGGCCCGACAUCUUCUCCAUGACGUGGAAAUACCAGGACGUGACUGUGGCGUUGUGGGCAGUGGGAGUGGGCCAGGUGAACCCCUUGCCUCAGUUCCAGGGCAGGGUCACCAUUUCUAAGAAUCAGCUCCGAAUCGGAGGCGCCCAGCUCCGGGACGCCGGAAACUACACGGUGCAGGUGGACCCCGCCGCCACCACAGGCCUGGCGCCCAACUCCAGAUCAGUCCAGCUGAGGGUGUUCGAUGCAGUAGCUGGGGUGAGUCUGUUUGUUCCCUCAGUAGCGCUGGAGGAGGGAAACGUCUCUCUGAGCUGUACAUGGACUGCAGGGACAGAGAUUACAGUCCAGUGGGGCAAAGGAGGCUCAGCCAUCACAGCCGACUCCAGGAUCACUAUCUCAGGUGGCUCUCUGGUCAUCAACCCAGCCAGACGGGGUGAUGCCGGGGAGUACACGUGUACCGCCAGCAACCCUGUGAGCGCCCAAACUGCCACAGCGAGCCUCACCGUCUACUAUGGACCUGAUGCUGCCGUCCUGACCGUCGACCGCCCAAAAGAGUGUAUAGGGGGAGGGGACGUUUUGGUGGGACAGACGGCGCGCCUCACCUGCACGUCCGACUCGCUGCCCCCUGCUCUCUUCUCAUGGCAACGUGAUGGACAGCCCAUCGCAUCUGGCCAGCCGGACAGCGGGGUGCUCAGCCUCCAGACUUUCUCAACCGAUGAGAGCGGUCGUUAUGUCUGCACGGCCAGAAACGCCAUUACCGGAGGCACAUCGGAGCGGAGCACCAACUUGGAAAUCGUAGAUGUAUGUCUCGAUGGAGGGGAAGUUGCGGGGAUUGUUAUUGGAUGUUUUCUGGCCGUUCUAUUGAUUGUACUCCUCAUUGUGGUCCUUAUCUGUCUUGCAAGAAGAAAGAAGGCACAACAAACACAGCGGGAAACUUUGGUUGCUCGGAGGACAUAUUCAAAUCGAAGGCCCAUACCUCCAGAUCCACAGCCUGAUGUUGUAAGGGAUCUGGCCCAUGGUCUCCAACCCCCCCUCUAUACCCGUCGUCCUGAGCGCUUAAACACAAGCCAGCGGGAAAGCCACCCACAGACACAGCCGCAGAACAGACAGCAGAACUCUGUCACACCCCAACACAAUAGUCGAACUGACACAAAUAGACUUCUAAACAAUGCCAUUCAGAACCCACCCGAUGGCAUUGACAACCCAGCAUUUGUGCACGCUGUCGCUCCGAUCACAAACACGCUCCCAUACACACAGCAGCAAAACCCCAGCGUUCUCAUUCAGACUGGCACAGGGCAGGGCGGCGCCCAGCCGCAGGCAGUCCAAGUCAGCCUCAACCCGCUGCCACCCGCUGCUCAUCCAAAUAAUGCACAAAUGCCAAGCAUUCACGUCAAUCUCAACUCCUACCCAGCAAACGACCCGCAGCCUCAGCAAGGCAGCUCAUUUCCGGUGGCCAACGCAGCCCAGGACUCUGCUCCACACACGCAACAUAACCAGACACCUGCAAGGCACACCAAUCCCCACAUGCAAGGCGGCCAGUCCUAUCCGAAUGACGGCCGGCCUGCCGUUAUCCCAACGGGACAUACGCAGUUUUACAAUACCACUCUUCAACGAAAUGCCAACACGCAGACGUACCAGCAGGAUCCGGACCCUCGUGGAAGGUCUGAGAGAAACUCCAGAACACAGGAGCCCUCUCUAAACUCCUCCCACAGACAGAUGCCUUGGGAUCUCCUCAGAGGGACACCGUCAUACCCCAGCGGUACCCUGCAAAGAGCCCAGAGACCCCCUGAAUACACCUCUGAUUAUACAGACCACUCGAUCCGUCCCCCUGCACGCGAGGCCAGAGCACCACUGAGGUCUCAGCCCCAGAGCCAAACGCCUUCCCGUUCCCGCAGAACGCCGCCCCGGCGCGAUCCGCCGUCGGAGGAAAGUGGGACACGAAGCCGCUCGGCUGAUCGGCGACCGCCAAACCCUGCCAGCGUCGCGGCGUUUGAGCCCGUGCGCCGCCCACAGAGAAGCCCCCACACACAAAGGCAGAGCGCACAGCCAGACAUUAGAGGAAGCCAGGCUGCCCUCAGGCACGAAACGGCUUACCGCGAUAACCCCCAGGCACUGCCCGGCCCGAGUCAGCAGGCCUCCGCCAGCCGCUCCGCCAGGUCGCGAGCACCCGCAGGACAGCGGGAGCCGACAGCCCCACCGGGCGCAGAUACAAGAGCUCUGGCUGAUCCUAAUCACCUUCAGCGGGCUAUCGUGGCUCAGCAACACACAGCCGCGCCGGUCCAAAUGCCACAGGCGCUCGUCACACACACCGGGCCCGCCGUUCCCGCUGCCAACCAGCACCAGCGAGGAGGCACCGCUCCAGCUCCCAACCGCUCCGCCGAGCCUAAUCCCGGCAGCCUAACCCAGGACGCACUUAAGGCCCACACUGAGAGGAGUCAAGUGUUCCAGAAUCGGACCCAGCAGACCCAGGCCGCCCUGCUCCAGCCCGGUCCUCAGAAGGCUCAAGCUGGAGCCACCGGGGCGCAGCAGCGCCCACCAACUCCCCCCCCCCGUCAUCCCCCUGGCCCAAUUUCAAACCCUCCCCAAACAGCGCGCUCACCACAAGUCCCCCGCGAGAGGCCAGCCGCCUCCCAAACGCAGCGCGCCGGCUCAGCAGCGACCUGCCGCGCCUCGCCAUUCCACCAUGAUGCCGACCAGCCAUAAUCACCAUCACGGACAUGGCCACAGGCAUGCUCAUGUCCAUGCCCGUGGACACGGGCACCCUGCCCAAUUCAACCAGCCGUGGCAGCAACAGACCCAAAGAGGAAGACCAAGAUGAUGGCGGGUGUCGGCAGACUCCAGUCUACGACUGCCCCACAUGCACUGUCACAAACAAACGGCUGACAGACGAGCUACAACAUUCAAGACUGACUGCACAGGCUUCUGCCUUAAAAAAAAAAAAAAGCUGUCACAAAGUACGUUUUUUUUAUAUGUGAAAGAAAUGUACACGUCCCCCAUGGGGAUGGCAGAAUGUGUUUUUUAAAAACAUAGCCAUUCUUUCUUUUUAAAAAAAGGAAAUAAUCUCUAAAUUAGCUAAGGGCAAUUAAAGUGCUCUUUUGAAUCCUUUAAGAAAAAAAAUUUUUCCAACCCACCAAAACACACACACACACACUCUUCCCACACAGUGUUUGGACUUCUGAAGCACUGAUCGUAUAUCAAAAAUAGCUGACGGCCUGUUCAAACAUGUUCCAUGAUCAAUGGCUCUGGACCAAGUUUACAUCCUAUCAUCCAUUCAUCAAAAGAGCUAAACAACACUUCCUUGAUAAAUUGCACAAGGCCCUUGCCUGAACGUCUGCGGGCACCUGAGCCACCAGUGACAGACAGCCAAUGAAAAGGCACCCCGCACAAGAUGGACAUGGAGACCGGGAAUGGUGACAGUUAUGGAGGAAGAAAUUAGCAAUGGGGGUGGUCUAAUAUUCACUUGGCGCUAUUUAUUUGAUGUCUUCUAUUCACAGAUGCCUCUUAUGACACCGCUCAAUUAAGAGGCUUCGGCUCAGUGGUGCUCAGAAAUAACCCUCUGCUGACUGAGGGGGGUCCCACAAAUGGAUGGGCGCUUGUUAAUUAAAUGCUUUAAUGUGACUUUAAGUGACAUAGAAAAUAAUCACAUCCAUGCAACUCACAGGGUAACAGACAUGUUAUUACUUUUACAAAUGAUAUAUUUAUUGAAUGUAAUGUUUUUUUAUUUUUAACUCAGGGAUGUAUUUUGGAAUGAAGGAACUUUCUGACCAAAAAUGUUGCAAAUUUAGCUGAAUUUAAAUGCAGAAAACCAAUAUCUUGGCACAUAAAAAAAGAUAACCUUGACAUUUAUUUGUGAAAAGCAGCAGGAGGAACAGCAAUAUACCUCCUGGCUCCAGUUAAACAUCUGCCGCUAAAAAGUGUUUUUUUCUUGGCACAAUAAUGCUUAGCAUGCCCAAAUGAGAAUGAGGUGCUACAAGCACAGUGUUUAUCUUUGUACCUCGAGAGGGAUUUGUUGAUUGUUUGGAGUUCAUGAACUGUUGUAAUAGCUAUCGGUAAUAAAGACUAUUUUUUUUCUCUUCCUUGUUCUUGUGACUAUGG